AUGCCCCUGAAUGCAUGGGCCGAUACUACGCUCAAAGCGCCUCUGAAACAGAGCACUCCAUUCCACACACAUGAACUUCACGAAUCGAAAUCAGCCGAGGGCAGCUCGCUGUUGGAAGGAUGGGUGCAUCAAAGGCGCAACGGACCGAAUCCGUUGACUGAGGAUGAAAACGCAACAUGGCAGUUGAUGCAUGGAUCAGAGCGAUGGAGCUCAGCCUCCAGAGAAAGCACAUCGACCACUCUCCCCUCGACCAAUGAAGAGCUCAAGUCGGCGAUCACAGCAUUAAAGUCUUCAACCAGGGCGAUUGAGCGCCGGACGCGGAUCCUCUGUGCGCAAGAUGCUCAGCUAAAGCAUAUCGAGGAAGUUGAAAACGCUCUCGAUGCACGAAAGACCAGACAAGAACAAGACCUCGACCAAAAACAUGCUGCUGAAGUGCAGUAUAUCAAGUUUGCUAAUGAACAAAUACUCGAGGAUCUGAGGUUAACAUUGCGAGCCGAGUUCGAUCGCGUCAUCAAAGACUCCAGAUCGACGCCGGCAACUGUCACGGAGCUGCUCAACUCAGACGAUCGCGUGCUUUCCGAUCUCAAUGACCUCUCAUCCUCAGGCGCUCAGGAGAAACACGAAGUCGCCCUCGAUGCGCUAGCAGACAGAGUAAACAAACUUACGCGUGCUUUACAGUAUUUUCGCGCGCAGACUCUCAAAGAUCGUCUGGAUCGUGCGUAUCUUGAAUCACUCAGCAGAGCAGACAUCGCCUCUAGUGCUCAGGUCGUCUCUGACGGUACAAUCGACACUGUUCAAGAAGAUCUAGGCUCUCUAUACAAGGAGAUUGAUGAUGUUAUGGGAAUGGUUGUGGCUCAAGAACACGGAAAUGCCCUUCAGGCAGCUCUCCAGGAUGUCCGCCGUGCGCAGAAGCAGAACAACAGGUCCCUCCAUGAAAAGGUCUACAACCAACUUUUCUCCCUCACACAAGCCGUCACUAGUCUCUCGAAAAGGCUGGAGAGCCUCCAAUCUCGACGACUCAGGUUGCACGAACUGGAUGUGCAACUUCAGCAUGUCGAGACUGGUGCUCGCCCUAAUACGAAACCUAUGAUUGAGAAGACAGGCACAGAGCCGGAAGACAGCAUCAAACCCGCCGCAAAAGCUUUAAGCCAACACCUCGGACUCACUCCGGGAAGCAGUGACAGAAAGAUGUCUGAUAUAGCAACCACUUCGAGCCAACUCGACGACCUCAUUUUGAGUUUGGACACUCAGUCAGCAGGGAACGUUUUGAGAAUGCUUCAGCUGUCAGACCGAGCCGCUGCGAUGCGAGGCGCUGCAGUACAGCGUGCUUCAGAGGCACUGGCGCCUCACGGGUCUCAUGAGCUUGGUGUCCGUGAACUAGAGGAGAUGAUUGCAGCUGCGAAGGCGGAAAUGGAGCGAGGGAAUCCCUGA